AUGUCUCUCAUGCUGCUCGGCAAGCCGCUUGGUACGAACAAUUUCGUCACCAUGCUGUACCAGAUGAUCAACGACCCCAAGUCAGCACAAUUCAUUAUGUGGAUGGAGCUAGGUACUAGGUUUGUGGUGUCCAACGUGGGCGAGUUCAGCCGCUCAAUCCUGGGCUCACACUUCAAGCACAAUAAUUUCUCAAGUUUUGUGCAUCAACUCAAUAUGUAUGGCUUUCACAAAAUCAACUGCAUGAGUGGCCCAACACAUGUGUACUACUGCUCACCAACGGCCUCGUAG